GUCUACUGUACUUUACUCGUACCGCUCACCCCAUCAAUCGCGAUUCAGCGUUGGCCGAACAUGGCACCUACACUCUUUACUGUGACAUUCCUUUCACUGGCUUUGACCUCGCUGGCCGAGGCGUACAAUGUUCUCCACACCGUGGAAAAUGCUACUGGCACUUUGUGAGUUUGUAGCUAUGGCAUGAUCGGUGCAAUGCAUCAUGCUUACCAGGAAAGUUAUUAUGAUUAUGUCAUGGUUAUAGGAGGCACCUGUGUACUUUGUUCAUUUAGUAGAUUAGUUGUGUGUUUCGUGGACCGUGCUCUCCGUAGAUACACUUAGCAGAGUUGUCUUUCAUAGUUCUUCUUCUUUGUAUGCGACAAUAACGAAAAGGUUUUUGCCCCUUAUAUCAAAACUCUCUUCAGCACGGCAAGGGCAUUCCCCAAGCGUGACAGAUUAUGGGUACGAGUCCACCGGGGAUCGCUGUGCUGGGCGGGGUUCUGGUGCAGGGAUGCUCUCUUCGGUACCUCAUUGUGAAAACAAUGGCCCGUCAUACUCAGACUUGGGUACGAAUCGAAUAGUGGCAAUGAAUCGAUCGAUGGUGAAUGGCGAUUUGAGCGCAUGGUGCGGCAAAGAAGUGAAAGUCUUUCUAGGUGAUGGAACCGAAGUCGAGUACGACGAACCGCUCGUCUUAUGGGACGUUUGUGAAGCCGCCGAGACAGCACCUAUCAUCGACUUUAGCGUCGAUUUUUACCUCAAUCUCAUGGAAAACGGAGACUGCAUGUCCAAUAACGGUAACAACCCCGCUGGUUUGAAGAUCCAGAUUGUCGACAACCAGAUUUGGGCGCCCGCUCCGGGAUCAAAUUCCUAUUCCCCCACAGCCGCUUCAACCAUCUACUCGGGUGGUGGUUACAACGGAAUCAAUCCUAAGAACACUGAGAUUCCAGCAUGGGGCGAUGGAAAGGGGGUCGACAAGGCGGGACAGAGACCCUUGACGGUCGCAACGGCUGCUGCGACCACUAUCGAAACGACCUCAGCUGGAGCAGUAUCCAAUGAGCAAGUAGCAAGUUCGGGGGCAGUACAAACAUCUACGGGUGCUUUAGGAGCUGUUCAAACUUCUACGGCCCUGGAUGGUACAUGCACCAAAGGCGAGCAGAAGUGCGAGAACAACCAGCUCUUUAUCUGCAAUUACAUCUCCAAUAGCGCUGAUGGGCUGACAUGGGCAUUACAGAGUGAAUGUCCAGGUGGAUGUGAUACAUCUUCACAAAAUAUCUGUAAAUCGCAAAGGAAGAGAAGAGGUUUGGUUUGAAAAUGGGCAUAACGACUCAAUCUAUGCCUCUUUUGUAAUGAGUCUAGUAGAUUGUGCCCAGUAUGCACGUACCACGCUGCC